AUGCUCCCGGCAAAGCUCAAGAAGAUCGAUAUCAGCUCAUUGACUGAGGAGGAGCAGAAGCUCUUCCGUCUUUAUGGCAAGCUGCCCACGCACAAGAACGUUCUCACCAAGAUGCAGAAGGAUCGCAAAUACUUCGACUCUGGUGACUAUGCGCUCUCCAAGGCUGGCGUGGCGCCCCAGAAUGCCGUCGGCACUGCCAUUCCCAACCCCGAGAACAUUCCCCACGCAUCAACCCCGUCUACCAACAAUCACAAUGGUGGCCUCUCCGUUUCGCCCAACAAUAGUGCCACCAGCCCCGUCAGGGAAAGCAACUUGUCGCAAGCCCCUGAGGACGAAACCGAGCCCGAGAAGUCCACGGCAGAAGCCGUUGAAGAAGCUUGA